GUGACAGCCGCUCGAGACAUCGAGCCAACUAAACGUACAGUGUUAUAUUGCUUUAGUGAGUGAGGAAGAGGUGAAGGAUUAAACUUUUCUUUCUAACAGAGAGGCUGGACUAUCAUGCCGAUUACGAAAUGAUAUUGCAGCUUUACAAAGCCAGCUAGCGACGACCGUUUUCUUUUCAUUGCUAGCUUGCCAGCUGCAGUAACGUUGACUCGUUUAAGUCUUGACUUCACUUUGGGGUUGACAAGAACAAAACAAAGCCACACAAUCCCAAGCGACGGCAGACUGGUGCAGUAUGGAUUACGAGCGGCCUAACGUUGAAACCAUCAAGUGUGUGGUGGUCGGGGAUAACGCCGUGGGGAAGACUCGACUGAUUUGCGCGCGGGCGUGCAACACCACGCUGACCCAGUACCAGCUGCUGGCAACGCACGUGCCCACUGUCUGGGCCAUCGACCAGUACCGCGUGUGUCAGGAGGUGCUGGAGCGGUCCAGAGAUGUGGUUGAUGAGGUCAGUGUAUCCCUGCGACUCUGGGACACCUUUGGAGACCACCACAAAGACAGGCGAUUUGCCUACGGCAGGUCGGACGUAGUGGUCCUCUGCUUCUCCAUCGCCAACCCCAACUCGCUGCACCACGUCAAGACCAUGUGGUACAUGGAGAUCAAGCACUUCUGCCCCCGCACGCCCGUCAUCCUGGUCGGCUGCCAGCUGGACCUGCGCUAUGCCGACCUGGAGGCCGUCAACCGCGCCAGACGACCCCUGGCCAGGCCUAUCAAGCCGGGGGACAUCCUGCCUCCAGAGAGUGGGCGCGAGGUGGCCAAAGAGCUGGGCAUCCCCUACUAUGAGACCAGCGUUUUCGACCAGUUCGGCAUCAAGGACAUCUUUGACAAUGCCAUCCGUGCCGCGCUCAUCUCACGCAGACACCUGCAGUUCUGGAAGUCGCACCUGCGCAAGGUCCAGAAGCCCCUGCUGCAAGCGCCCUUCCUGCCCCCCAAGGCCCCGCCACCCCUCAUCAAGCUCCCCGAUGGUCCUGGCGGUGGUGCCGCCGCCUACACCAGCCGUGGCGAGGGCCCACGGCAGCUGCUGGACAGCCCACUGUGUGCCGACGUGAUGUUUGUGGUGCAAGAGAGUGCCCGACUGUUUGCCCACCGCAUCUACCUGUCCACCUCCUCCUCCAAGUUCUACGACCUCUUCCAGAUGGACCUGAGCCAGGACUCCCACUGCCUGGUGGUCACUGACCGGAUCCGCGGUGCAGGCGGUGGGGUCGGGAGCGGGGGUGGGGGAGGAAUCGGCGUGGGUGGUGGUGGUGGUGGUGGUACUUCUGGGGGUAGCAGUGCUCGUGAUGCCUUCCUGAUGCGCACCCUGAGCCUGGAUACUGAAGAGGACCCAUCGGUGCUGUCAGACCUCUCACCGUGUUCUUUGCGAGCCUCCAAGAGCGAUGGUACUCUUCGGGUGGUUAGCUUUAGUGGGAAACACCGGCGCACCAAGCUCUCCCUAGCCUCCUGGAGCAAAGCCUUCUACAGCAUCCACCGCGAGGCCGUGUCCAACCCUGUGACGGGCCUGCCGGCUCCCAUGACAGUGGUGAAGAUGGACUGCUCCAUCCAGCUGGGCCCGUUUAGCGCUGUGCUGCGCUUCCUCUACACGGGCGAGCUGGACGAGGAGGAGCCGGACCUCAUGAAGGUGGCGCAGAUCGCGGAGAUCCUGGAGGUGUUCGACCUGAGGAUGAUGGUAGAGAACAUCAUGAACAAGGAAGGCUUCAUGAACCAGGAGAUCACCAAAGCGUUCCACGUCCGGAAGGCCAACCGCAUCAAGGAGUGUCUCACCAAUGACAAGUUCACUGAUGUGGUCUUCAGGUUGGAUGACGGGACCAUCAAUGCCCAUAAGCCUCUGCUAAUCUCCAGCUGUGACUGGAUGGCGGCCCUGUUUGGCGGCUCUUUCUUGGAAAGCGCUAACAACGAGGUGUCCAUCCCCAACACCAGCCGUGCGUGCAUGCAGGCCGUGCUGGAGUACCUGUACACCAACCAGCUCUCCCCCAUGGUCGACCUGGACCCCAUGGAGCUCAUCGCCCUGGCCAACAGACUGUGCCUUCCCCGCCUCAUCGCACUCACAGAACAGUAUGCUGUGAAUGAACUGGUGAAAGCAUUCAGAGACGGGCAGGAUGUAGAUGGAGAGGUCCUGACCUAUCUGGAGUUGGCCCAGUUCCACAACGCUAACCAGUUAGCUGCUUGGUGCUUGCAUCACAUCUGCACUCAUUACAACAGCGUUUGUGCCAAUUACCGCAAAGAAAUCAAGUCCAAAUCACUAGAGAACCAGGAGUAUUUUGAGAAGCACCGCUGGCCGCCCGUGUGGUACCUGAAGGAGGAGGACCACUACCAGCGCAUGAAGAAGGAACGUGAGAAGGAGGACGUGGUCCUCAACAAGCACCACUCGCGCCGACGCUGGUGCUUCUGGCGCACCUCCCCUGCUGUGGGCUGA